AUGGCCCCUCCAUACACAACAGGAAAAACAUACUUCACCAACGAUGCGAAGGCUUGGAAGGCAACGAGGCCGCCAGCUUGGACGACAGAUGCGGCACUACGGAACUAUUACAAUACGCUCGCUGUUGCCCGCCCCCCGACGCUCCCAGGAUUUCCGGCUCAUAUGCCAGCGUUACCGCAGCAUCCUUAUCUGGCAAUCGAUAGAACAGCUGCAAUAGCUAAUCGAGUUGUACCGCCCCAGCGAAAUGCUGCUGGAUUGGUGGUCGCUCCUGCACUUCUCGGCCCUGGAGUUGCGCCUGUUCCUGCUCCUGUAGCCCCUGUUAUUGCUCCGGUAGCUGCGACUGCAGCCCCUGUAGCUGUUACGGUUCCUGUUACUGGAGCUGGAGGCGCUCUCUUAGUUACUGGAGGUGCUGGUGUAGGUAAUCCUCCUGGAGCUGUUGCGACUCCAACUCCGGCCUAUGUUUAUCCUUUCUCAUUCUGGCCACCGCAACCGUGGCAUCCAGAACCCCAGGGCGAUAGAAGUCUCCAAUAUAUUAUGGAGGAAUUGAAGACAAAUAACGAGAAAAGAAGCCAAUGGCUGAUUACCAAGCCAUUCAUGUGGCCUGUUACAGACGAGCAUAACUGGGAGAACGCUAGACGUUUUGGAUUCGGGGCUAAUGGCUGUGUGGGCUUAUGGUGCCGCAUAGAUGCGAACGGUAACAUCGACAAACGCACAGUAAUCAAGGAGACGCGUUUUACCCGCAGUUCAUGGCGCGAUCCCCUCCAAUGGCGUCAAGUGCAAAAUGCCAAUCUUCCAAUGGAAGUCCAGAUCCACAAAAUCAUCGAUAGUCAUAGGCCCGACAAUAGCUUGGAGGGAUACAACAAUCUCGUUAAACAUGACGGUUACAGACUAAUGAUGCGCCAACAGCGAUUCAGACUCUAUCUCGAGUACUACGAAGGAGGUAAUCUUGACGAUGCCGUUCGAGCAUAUCGGAGGACUGGAAAACAUCCCCUGGGGCCGGGCAAUAUACCGGAAUAUUACCUAUGGCGAGUAUUCGGCAAUCUAAUUGCUGCAUGCCAGAUCCUCCAUCUGGGACAAGUCGACCCAGCAGAAGGCAAACGCGCAGACUGGCGGCCUAUCACACAUCUCGACAUCAAGUUAAACAACAUAUUUCUCGAGCUCGGAGAACACAAGAGCCAGAUUCCAGAGUUUGUUUUAGCGGAUUAUGGGUUGUCAAUGUUCCCACUGCGUCAGGCCCGUGAUGCCCAGGGUGGAGUUCAAGGACAUGCUGAUUUCGUUUCCGACAACCCAAUCGAAUACUUAGUAGAACUUGACGGUUACGAAUUCUACGCACCAGAGCAUAUUCGCACGAGACAUGAACCACCUGACCCAUUGAACCAGAAGACCGAUAUUUGGCAGAUUGGUGCUGUGAUUCUGGAAUUGAUGAUGAACGGACAAGAAGGCGCGGAUUGGGGACCGAAGAUUUCUCGAAAUGGAGAAAUAUUUCCCUUGUGCAACUUCGAUACUGGACGGCUUGAGGAAGGUCCGAAUCCUUGGCCACCAGGCACAUUCCCGACAGUAGGCCAUUAUUCUUUGCAGCUUCGGAGGAUCAUCAUGCGCUGCCUCAACUAUAGCCCAGACAACCGACCCACUUUGGUGUGGCUCAAAAGCCAGAUCAAUGCAUGGAUUACGGCAAAUCCCCCUGCUAAACUCAAGACGCCGGUCAGUUCAGGUCGAGAUCCAUCGUGGUCGAUGAGACUAAGACUGAGGGCGGACCAUAGUGGUUCACAUGCCGAAAGGCCGCUCUCGCAGACCGCAACACUAUCAGAUCGCAGUAUGUACAACUGGAGAGAUAGGUGA